GGAUCAACAUGAGGAGUGUGUUUCCGGGUCGAGCCCCGGGAGGUGGGAGGAGGCGGCGUUUCCGGCCGCGGUCGCUGUCCAGGGAGGCUGAGGCAAGAGGGAGCUGUCCGGGUGGGGAGCCAGCACUUUCUUCUUUCUCUUUCUCCUCCUCUGCGUGAGGGGAGAGAAGGUUUGGGGCCUCCGAGCCCAUGGACCGGGAGGAGGCGGAGGCCGCCGAGAGCCGGCACCCCUCUAUGUGGUCCUGAGCCCCGUGUAUUGGUUCUGCCUCUCUGGAAGGCCAUGGAGAAGAGGCUGGGAGUCAAGCCAAGUCCUGCUUCCUGGAUUUUGCCAGGAUAUUGUUGGCAGACAUCAGUGAAGCCGCUGAGAAGCCUGUACCUGCUCUAUACUUUCUUCUGCUUCGGCGCUCUGUGGUUGUCAACAGAUGCUAAUGAGAGCAGAUGCCAGCAGGGGAAGACACUCUAUGGAGUUGGCUUGAGAACUGGGGGAGAAAAUCACCUUUGGCUUCUUAAAGGAAGCCUGUCUUUCCAAGCUUGUUGGGCUGCCUGCUGCCAGGACUCUGCCUGUCAUGCUCUUUGGUGGCUGGACGGGAUGUGUUUUCAGGCCGACUGCAGCAAGCCCCAAAGCUGCCAGCCUUUUAGGACAGACUCUUCCAAUUCCAUGGUGAUAAUUUUUCAAAAAUCCCAAACUGCAAAUGGCUUGGGCCUUCUACCUGAAGAUGAUGAGCCACUUCUCCUGAGGCUGGGCUGGGGCAGGACGUCUUGGAGGAGGCAGAGCCUCGCCAGGUCUCCCCUCACCCUUGCUGUGUCCUCUGAUGACCAUCAGAGUUUAACCAGGGCUCGUCAGAAGAGAGAUCAUCUCGGUGAAGUGGCACCACCUGGAGCGGUGCGGCAUUCUCAAUUGAAUGGCUCGGAGGAAGCAGGUGCUGUGAGUCCCAGCGCCUCUGUAGAGGUCCACAAAGUCGUCACAGUUUCCAGUCCCAUCACCACUGACCAUACUACACAGACUCCAGAUUUUCCAAAGAAUGUGUCCGUCCAUCCUGAACCAUCAGAGCAUUCCAGUCCUACAUCCAGUACUCAGCAAGUAAAAAGCACUGAGCACAGCCCAACUGAUCUCCCUCUUCCAGUGGUCCCCUCCUACAGCUAUGCUACCCCUAUGCCCCCGGCCUCUUCCCAGAGCACCUCAGCACCAUACCCAGCUGUAAAGGAACUGGUGGUGUCUGCUGGGAAGAGUGUCCAGAUCACCCUGCCUAAGAAUGAAGUUCAGCUAAAUGCCUACGUUCUCCCAGAACCAGAACAAGGAGAAACCUACACCUACAACUGGCAGCUGAUUACUCAUCCCAGAGACUACAGUGGGGAAAUGGAAAGGAGACACUCCCAGGUCCUCCGACUGUCCAAGCUGACUCCAGGCCUGUACGAAUUCAAGGUGAUUGUGGAAGGUCAGAAUGCCCACGGGGAAGGCUACGUGAACGUGACAGUGAAGCCAGAACCCCGUAAGAAUCGGCCUCCUGUUGCUAUUGUGUCCCCCCAGUUCCAGGAGAUCUCGUUGCCAACCACUUCAACCAUUAUUGAUGGCAGCCAGAGCACUGAUGACGAUAAAAUUGUCCAGUACCACUGGGAGGAGCUCAAGGGGCCUCUGAGAGAAGUGAAGAUCUCUGAAGACACAGCCAUUCUAAAACUAAGUAAGCUCAUCCCCGGGAACUACACUUUCAGCCUGACUGUCGUUGACUCUGAUGGGGCUACGAACUCCACCACUGCGAGCCUGACAGUGAACAAAGCUGUGGAUUACCCUCCUGUGGCCAAUGCAGGCCCCAACCAAGUGAUCACCCUGCCUCAGAACUCCAUCACCCUCUUUGGAAACCAGAGUACUGACGACCAUGGCAUCACUAGCUAUGAGUGGUCCCUCAGCCCAAGCAGCAAAGGGAAGGUGGUGGAGAUGCAGGGAGUUAGAACGCCAACCCUGCAGCUGUCUGCAAUGCAAGAAGGAGACUAUACCUACCAGCUCACAGUGACAGACACAAUAGGCCAGCAGGCGACUGCUCAAGUGACUGUGAUUGUGCAGCCUGAGAACAACAAGCCUCCUCAGGCAGAUGCAGGCCCAGACAAAGAGCUGACCUUGCCAGUGGACAGCACAACCCUAGAUGGCAGCAAGAGCACGGAUGACCAGAGAAUUGUCUCCUAUCUUUGGGAGAAGACCCAGGGGCCUGACGGGGUGCAGCUGGAGAACUCCAACAGCAGCGUCGCCAUUGUGACGGGGCUGCAAGUGGGGACCUAUGUGUUCACCUUGACUGUCAAAGAUGAGAGGAACCUGCAGAGCCAGAGCUCCGUGAAUGUCAUUGUCAAAGAAGAAAUAAACAAGCCGCCAAUAGCCAAGAUCACCGGGAAUGUGGUGGUUACCCUACCCACAAGCACAGCAGAGCUGGAUGGCUCCAGGUCCUCGGAUGACAAGGGGAUAGUCAGCUACCUGUGGACUCGAGACGAGGCGAGCCCAGCUGCAGGGGAGGUGCUGAAUCAGUCUGACCAUCACCCCGUCCUCGUCCUCUCUAACCUGGUUGAGGGAACCUAUACGUUUCAUCUGAAAGUGACCGAUGCCAAGGGUGAGAGUGACACAGACCGGACCACCGUGGAAGUGAAACCUGAUCCCAGGAAAAACAACCUGGUGGAGAUCAUCUUGGAUGUUAAUGUGAGCCAGCUGACGGAGAGGCUGAAAGGGAUGUUCAUUCGCCAGAUUGGGGUUCUCCUGGGGGUGCUGGAUUCCGACAUCAUUGUGCAAAAGAUUCAGCCGUACACGGAGCAGAGCACCAAGAUGUUAUUUUUUGUUCAGAAUGAGCCUCCCCACCAGCUCUUCAAAGGCCAUGAGGUGGCAGCCAUGCUCAAGAGUGAACUGCGGAAGCAGAAGGCUGACUUCCUGAUAUUCAGAGCCCUGGAAAUCAACACUGUCACAUGUCAGCUGAACUGUUCUGACCACGGCCACUGUGACUCAUUCACCAAGCGCUGUAUCUGUGACCCAUUUUGGAUGGAGAAUUUCAUCAAGGUGCAGCUGAGGGACGGAGACAGCAACUGUGAAUGGAGCGUGCUGUAUGUUAUUAUUGCAACCUUUGUCAUUGUUGUUGCCUUGGGAAUCCUGUCUUGGACGACUAUCUGUUGCUGCAAGAGGCAAAAAGGAAAACCCAGGAGGAAAAGCAGAUACAAGAUCCUGGAUGCCACUGAUCAGGAGAGCCUGGAGCUGAAGCCAAGCGCCCGAGCAGGCAGCAAACAGAAAGGCCCCAUGCUGAGCAGCAGCUUGAUGCACUCAGAGUCGGAGUUGGACAGCGAUGAUGCCAUCUUCACAUGGCCAGACCGGGAGAAAGGCAAACUCCUGCAUGGUCAGAAUGGAUCUGUGCCGAAUGGGCAAACACCUUUGAAGACCAGGAGCCCACGGGAGGAGAUCUUAUAACUCCUUGGUCUGUCUCAUCAAAUUGAGCCCCAGUGCCAGGGGCCAGAGCACGUCUAGGCUGGUUCCUGACCUCCUGGGUCUGAGGGCAGCUGCUCUCCCAGCGUGUGCUGGUCACUCCAUCCCAACAGCCCUCUUCAGAACUGCUGGUACUUGAAUCCACAGACACUUUAUAGGAACCCCUGAAUGAAGCUGUGAAUGAAGGUUUCCUCUAUGAACCUAUGUGGUAGGCCCCCCCAAUAUCCUCAUCUCAGGGCCUCACUUUGCACACAUGUUCCUGCCCCCUGCCCAAGAGCAGACACAGCCAGCCCCUUAGCCUCUUCUCUGCUGUUAGAACAGUGCAGCUGAGCCCAGAGCCGAGUGCCACCAGCCUAGCCCUCGGCAUAUAGUCUUUGUUAGCUUCUCUGGGACAGUGUGCCCUGCCUUUCCUAAGCCAAGAGAAAUCCUUGCCCACUAACUGCUGCCUGGCCCCUCAUCUCAAGAGCUGGCUUGUGUACUGACCGUAUCAGGGACAUAGGGGGGCUUGCUGGGGAUGACCAGCUCCUGCUUCCAGGCUCAGGCCACCCCUCAUUCUCCCAGAGGAGAUAGCCACAGAUCGACUGGAACUCUGUGGCAUUCGCGUGCAUGUGUGUGACUGCCCCACUGUGGUCCCUUCCUUGUCCCUCCAUCCAUGUCUUUUCUGUGUCCUUUGCACGCGUGAGUGCUUGAGUGUAUGGGUACCUGUUCCUUAUAGGUCUCUUGGCUGCUCUCAAGGCAGCUCUAACUUGGAGACUUUCAGCUCCUUGGAAGACUAUUAAUCCCUCUGGCCCUGUCACCAGUUCCUCAGCCAUGGUGUCGGGAGUUUCAGGGAAAGUGACUUUUUAAACAAAGGACUUAAAAUUUCUACUGCUGCACUAUCUGUUGUGAGAUAAUUAAACAUGCUAUUUAAUUGUG